GCUCUUCCGUAUUUAGCGUCACUUCCGUGAGGGUUAUGUCCUGAUUGUUUCACGCCCCGAGAAACUUUUUGCUGCUUCCCAAGCUCUGUGAUAGAGACCACAAAAGAAAGCGGAGGGAGGGCCUCUGCUGUGUCGGUCCGGGCGCUGCCAUGGCUGUGAAGGCGGCCGGGUCAGGGACGCUGGGCAGCUGCCGUUACUUGGCUCCGUCUCGCGCCGUCGGACGGUUGAGUUGAACGCCUGCCUCUGAGGAGAUCCCCACACAGCCCCCACCCCCCCGCCGAAAGAAGUGAAGCAGGGCAGGCAUGGCGGAGUCCCCAGAGCCGGACGCCGAGGUGGGGGUCCUGCGGGAAAAGGUGGCUGCUCUGGAAGCGGAGUUGAAGGCCUGUCGCAGCCGCUUGGAGCGAGAGAAGAAGCUGCGCCUCAAAGCCCAGACCAGCGCGGCCAAGUUACGGAGAGAGGUUGAAGUGCUUAGUAAGGAGAGCAAUGGUAGAAAAAGAAUUGAGAAGGCAACAUCCAGUAUAGAAGUGCAAACUGAAGAUUGUGAUGCAUGGUCGCAUACAGAUUAUUACUAUUAUAGUUAUUAUAACAGCACUGAGCCUCAGCCUGAUUCAUCUGGAAUGCCAAUACAGUCAAAUAGCGAUAAUGAAGGCUUAAACUCUAAUUGUACAGAGCAGUUACCGUUAAGUGAUCCUUCAGAUGUUAACAGCACAAGACACAAUGAACAUGGGAUGCAGGAUAAUGUAAUCCAUGAUGUGCAGGAAUCAGAAGAUACUUUAUUAUCAGAAGGUACGUUAGCAGAAAGCUUGAGGGCUGCGGCAGAAGCUGCUGUUUCACAAACAGGAUUUAUAUAUGAUGAAGGCACUGGCUUAUAUUAUGACCACAGCACUGGAUUUUAUUAUAACUCGGAAACCCAACUUUAUUAUGAUCCAACCACUGGAAUUUAUUAUUACUGUGAUGUUGAAAGUGGCCGCUAUCAGUUCCACUCACGUGUUGAUCUACAGUCUUAUGGAACUUCAGCUACACAGCAGAGCAAAGACAAAAAGAGCAAAAAGAAGAGAAGAGAUGCUGAAUGGCCUAAGGCAAAUGAACAUAAGGAUUCAGAUGAGCAAAAAUCAUCCAGCACUCUGAAUUGUCUUUCCAAUGCUAAUGAGCUAAGUUCUCCAGAAGAGGAAGAAUUUCCAAAUGUGAAAAAGGCUAAAGUGGACAAUGGUACAAGAAACAGCCUAGCAUCCCAGGACCCAAGUACCACAAAUGGCACCAGUUUAAAUCUUGCCAAGAAGGUAAAACGAUGCACUGUUUUUCUGAUGGACGAUAGUAAGACGGAGUCGGAGAGUGAACCAGAAGAAGGGGAAAUUACAGAUUCUGAACAGGAGGAUUAUAGUAGUGAAGAUGAAGUAACAAGCGAAGAAAGUAUAAAUUCAGAAGAAACUGACAGUGAAGAUGGAGAUCAGAUCUGGCCACCUUGUAUCAGGGUAAUUGUAAUUAGAUCACCAGUUCUGCAGAUGGGAUCUCUGUACAUCAUCACAGCUGUCAAGCCUGCCACUAUAGGAAGAGAGAAGGGUAUGGAACACACACUACAGAUUCCAGAAGUUGGAAUUAGUAAGUUUCAUGCAGAAGUAUACUUUGAUCACGAAUUGCAGAAUUAUGUUCUUGUGGAUCAAGGCAGUCAGAAUGGUACUGUGAUUAAUGGAAAUCAAAUACUGCAGCCUAAAGCAAAAAGUGAUCCUUAUGUUCUGGAACAUGGUGAUGAAGUCAAAAUUGGAGAAACUGUACUGUCGUUUCACAUACACCCUGGCAGUGAAACCUGUGAUGGAUGUGAGCCAGGGCAAGUCAGAGCCCAUCUUCGCCUUGAUAAGAAAAAUGAAUCUUCCAUUGGCCCUGCACUGACUAAAGAGGAGAAGGAAUUAAAUAGAAGAAAAGCACUAAAACAAAUACGAGUAAAAUAUGGUUUGCAGAAUGCAGACUAUGAAAAUGAUAAUGUGGUGAAAAAUCCCAAGUACAAGGACAGAGCAGGAAAGCGCCGUGAGAUGGUUGGAAGUGAAGGAACCUUUCAUAGGGAUGAUGCUCCAGCUUCUGUACAUGUUGAAAUUAGUGAUAGCAACAGAGGGCAUAAAAUGUUGAAGAAAAUGGGAUGGAAGAAAGGUGAAGGACUUGGAAAGAGUGGUGGUGGAAUGAAAGAUCCGAUCCCACUACAACUGCAUAGAAAGCAUGCAGGCCUGGGUGCGAGUAUUCCCAUCUCAGCGGAAAAUGCUCAGAUUGUCAAUACAAAGAACAAGAGAAACUGGGAAAAAGCAAGAGAGAGGUUUGCUGAAAAUUUCCAGGACCCUAAAACACAGAAACAUGCAUCAAAAAGCCUGCCUUGGGUUAGAGAAUCUGUAGAAUGAAAUGGUACUAACAUAUUUAAAUAACUAAAGUUUGUUUUAUGGUUCAAUGGGGGCUGGAUUAUACACAGCAUAUUUCAGUCUGCUGAAUAGGUUGACUGACUGAAAUUGUUUGGUUUAUAUGCUUUUAUUUUAAAAAAAACUUUUAAAUGGAAGAUAUGUGUAUUAAAACAGCCUAGGCCCUAACUGAGGGGAUUUUGAGAUAAUAUUUUGAAUAGGUGGAUAAUGUAAGAGUCAGUUUAUUUGUUCUGUGACUUUUCUUUUAUCCAGCAGGUCAGUGAGUUUGAAAUAUUCAUGUCUUGUGUUUAGACUCAUGAAAUUUACAUGAGCUGAUGCAAAAAAAAAUUGCUGUGUACGUGUGUGAACACUUCUAGUAAGAGAAGCAUCACUAGAUGUAAUAUUGCUAGGCCUCCUUUAAUUCCUAUUAAUUGCCACUAUUUUCUAAUAGUUAAUUAGACAAUAUCCUAUUUUAAAUGGAAUACCAAUUUAUUUUUGGUGAAGAUCAGUUGGCAGUAAGGAAUUACUUUCUUCCAUGAAGAACUUUAGUGUUAAGCUUGUAGCACACAAUGAACUAGCAUGUUCAGAAACUGCUGUGAUAUUCAAAGCUGUUGUGCACGCUAAGAAUUAUGUGACACUGCCCUCUCAUGUCAGAAUCUUAUGACUGAAUGGUCCUUAACCUCAGAUUUUCUCUGUGGAAAGCUGGCAUGUAAGAAGAAUUAUAGCCAAAUCUCUGCCAUUAGUGCUAAUACUCUAUAUGCCUGGGGAAAGCAACAUUCAGUCAUGGAAUCCAGUCUGGUGAUAUACUCCAGGAGAUGUGUACCACAUGCUGAUUCUUAAGGUGCAGCAGCCUUAAGUGGAUUAAAAAAUGUGUUCACUUAGAAUUAUUUAUCAACCUCUUGGGACUGUUCUGUAUCCAUUGCUGGCAAUGGAGUCUAAUGCAAGAAUCUUGAUGGUUCUUUUUCUGCUUUAGGGCAGAGGCUGAACACAUUGUAUUCAUUGAAAUGUUAAUAAAUACAAUGCUUUGAA